UCGGCGUCCCCUUCCCUCCCCCGCCCUGCCCCCUCUUCCGCGACGCGGACCCGGGCGUCCCCAGCGCCCAGCGUUUUGAGCUCGCAACCCCAGGCAGGCGGGGGGGGAGGGGAAGAGAGGGGACCCUUGGACCCCUGCCCCCCCCACCGGCCGCUCCCGCCCCCCGGGACCCGGAGAAGAUGUCUUCGCGGACGGCGCUGGCUCCGGGCAACGAUAGGAACUCGGACACGCAUGGCACCUUGGGCAGUGGCCGCUCCUCUGACAAAGGGCCAUCCUGGUCCAGCCGCUCCCUGGGUGCCCGCUGCCGGAACUCCAUUGCUUCCUGUCCGGAGGAGCAGCCCCAUGUGGGCAAUUACCGCCUGCUAAGGACCAUUGGGAAGGGCAACUUUGCCAAAGUCAAGCUGGCUCGGCACAUCCUCACUGGCCGGGAGGUUGCCAUCAAAAUCAUUGACAAAACCCAGCUGAACCCCAGCAGCCUGCAGAAGCUGUUCCGAGAAGUUCGCAUCAUGAAGGGCCUAAACCACCCCAACAUCGUGAAGCUCUUCGAAGUCAUCGAAACUGAGAAAACGCUGUACCUGGUGAUGGAAUACGCAAGUGCCGGAGAAGUGUUUGACUACCUCGUGUCACAUGGCCGCAUGAAGGAGAAAGAAGCUCGAGCCAAGUUCCGACAGAUUGUAUCGGCUGUGCACUAUUGUCACCAGAAAAACAUUGUACACAGGGACCUGAAGGCUGAGAACCUCUUGCUGGACGCCGAGGCCAACAUCAAGAUUGCCGACUUCGGCUUCAGCAAUGAGUUCACGCUCGGCUCGAAGCUGGACACGUUCUGCGGGAGCCCGCCGUAUGCCGCCCCGGAGUUGUUUCAGGGCAAGAAGUACGAUGGGCCAGAAGUGGAUAUUUGGAGCCUCGGAGUCAUCCUGUACACUCUCGUCAGCGGCUCUCUGCCCUUCGAUGGGCACAACCUCAAGGAGCUGCGGGAGCGAGUCCUCAGAGGGAAGUAUCGCGUCCCUUUCUACAUGUCCACUGACUGUGAGAGCAUCCUGCGGAGAUUUUUGGUGCUGAACCCAGCAAAACGCUGUACUCUUGAGCAAAUCAUGAAAGACAAAUGGAUCAACAUCGGAUAUGAGGGUGAAGAGUUGAAGCCAUACACAGAGCCUGAGGAGGAUUUUGGGGACACCAAGCGAAUUGAGGUCAUGGUGGGUAUGGGCUACACGCGGGAAGAAAUCAAAGAGGCCUUGACCAGCCAGAAGUACAAUGAAGUGACCGCCACCUACCUCCUGCUGGGCAGGAAGACUGAGGAAGGUGGGGACCGGGGUGCCCCAGGACUGGCCCUGGCACGGGUGCGGGCGCCCAGCGAUACCACCAACGGAACCAGCUCCAGCAAAGGGGCCAGCCACAGCAAAGGGCAGCGGGGCUCCUCCUCCACCUAUCACCGCCAGCGUCGGCACAGUGACUUCUGUGGCCCGUCCCCCACGCCCCUGCACCCCAAGCGCAGCCCGACUAGUACCGGGGAGACAGAGCUGAAGGAGGAGCGCCUGCCGAGUCGGAAGGCGAGCUGCAGCACCACGGGUGGCGGGAGUCGAGGUUUACCCCCAUCCAGCCCCAUGGUCAGCAGCGCCCACAACCCCAAUAAGGCUGAGAUCCCCGAACGGCGGAAGGAUAACACGAGCACCCCUAACAACCUCCCUCCCAGCAUGAUGACCCGAAGAAACACCUAUGUUUGUACAGAACGCCCGGGAGCUGAGCGCCCCUCCCUGUUGCCAAAUGGCAAAGAAAACAGCUCGGGCACCCCACGGGUGCCCCCUGCCUCCCCCUCCAGUCACAGCCUGGCUCCUCCAUCAGGGGAGCGGAGCCGCCUGGCUCGCGGCUCUACCAUCCGUAGCACCUUCCACGGCGGCCAGGUCCGGGACCGACGGGCAGGGGGUGGAGGAGGUGGGGGCAUACAGAAUGGACCCCCUGCCUCACCCACACUGGCCCAUGAGGCCGCACCCCUGCCCGCUGGGCGGCCUCGCCCCACCACCAACCUCUUUACCAAGCUGACCUCCAAACUGACCCGAAGGGUUACCCUCGAUCCCUCUAAACGGCAGAACUCUAACCGCUGCGUUUCGGGCGCCUCUCUGCCCCAGGGAUCCAAGAUCAGGUCGCAGACGAACCUGAGAGAAUCGGGGGACCUGAGGUCACAAGUUGCCAUCUACCUUGGGAUCAAGCGGAAACCGCCCCCCGGCUGCUCCGAUUCCCCUGGAGUGUGAAGCUGACCAGCUCUCGUCCUCCUGAGGCCCUGAUGGCGGCCCUGCGCCAGGCCACAGCGGCUGCCCGCUGCCGCUGCCGCCAGCCACAGCCGUUCCUGCUGGCCUGCCUGCACGGGGGUGCGGGCGGGCCCGAGCCCCUGUCCCACUUCGAAGUGGAGGUCUGCCAGCUGCCGCGGCCGGGCCUGCGGGGUGUUCUCUUCCGCCGUGUGGCGGGCACUGCCCUGGCCUUCCGCACCCUCGUCACCCGCAUCUCCAACGACCUCGAGCUCUGAGAUGUCCUGGCCCUGGGCCCUUUCCUCAUCCUCUCUCGUGCCCUCCCUGGCUUCUCCAAGGUGGGGAGAGGGGUAGGGAAGGGGCUAUCCCUUUGUCUUCACCUCAGUUUCCCUGAAUGAGAUUUGGUGGCGGAGAUUGUUCCCUCUGCUGUUCUCUGGGGGUCACUUGGCACAGGAGAAGGCGGGGGCCUUAGGGGUUAGGGGGCAGCUGGCACUUUCCUAGCGCCUCCAGCCAGCCUGGACCCCCUUUCCCUGACAUGGGGCACCUGAGGAGACUUUGGGGGACAGCUCAGGAGCAGUAAGGGACUCUGGGCACACACUUCCAUUCCUCACAACAGCUGGAGAUACUGGCCUGGGGCAGGGCAAACCACUGAAGCUAAAGACUGGAGAAUUGGGGGGCUGGAAGUGAGGUUCAGAGGCAGAUUCCUUCCCAUUGUCCCUCCCCCUAUGCUCGAACCCCAUUCCUGUCCCAGGCUGGCGCAGGGCACUUUGUACAAAUCCUUGUAAAUACCCCCUACCCCUACCCCUACCCCUACCCCUGCAGAGAUGUCCUGAGGAGCAGCUGCAGUUGCUUCUGGGUUUUUAAGUUAUUAUACCCCACCUUCCUCCCGUCAGCCCACUCACCUGCAGCCUGUUGCCCAAUAAACUUAGGACAGUCCCCCCCUGUGCUGAACCCAGGGUGUUCCUUCCCUGCCCUCACCUGCAAGGGAGAUGAAGAGGAGGUGUGUGACUUUGGGCCAGUGAUAUUUUCUCCUUUCUGAGCCUCCAUUUUCUCAUCUGCAGAAUGGGAGCAAGGGUUGGGGGGUGAGAGUCGAGGCUGAUUGUGGAAGAAAGUGAGACAGACCUGGGCCUCAUCCACAAGACCCCCAGAUCCUGUGUCAGGGGCCCCCUGUUCGUCCACUCACUUGCCCACCUGCCCGCCUGCCAUGUUACACUGGACUCUCAACCACUUCUUACUCCAGUAGUACAUUUAUUCAAUAAAUAGUCCUUAACCAGUAUCUGCUCUGUGCCUAGCCCAGUGCUGGACAUGGAGAUCCGAGAAGCCCCUGUCUAAGGGGACGUGGGUUCUGGAAAAAUCAUGAAAGAAACCCAAUUCCUUUGGGGCCCAAAAGAGGGUAUUUGGGAGGUUCUAGAAGAAAUGCUGGCAUGUGGGGGCUCUGAAGGAUGAGUAGGAGUUCACCUGGCAUUGACCUAGCUUGGGCAAAACCCUGGAGGUGGGGUCGUUCAUCUUCAGGGAACGUUAGGUGAAUUCACUGUGGAUGUUUUGUGUGGGGUGGGUGGAGAAUUGACAAGAGAAAUGAUGUAUUAGGAUUAA